AUGGCGGGCUCAGAAGAAAAGGCCAAGCAGAGCCUCGGCAAGAAGCUCUGGCUCCUGGUGUUCCCCGACGCGGACAAGGACGAAGACGGCCGAGACAACUUCAAGUCUCGGUCCCAGUUCGUCCUCUGCGCCAUGGGCGGUGCCGUCGGUCUGGGAAACCUGCUGCGCUUCCCCUCCGUCGUCUUCAACAACUACGGUCUCCAAUUCUUCAUCCCCUACGUGAUUGCCCUCUUCCUGAUUGGUAUCCCCAUCCUCAUUCUUGAGAUUGUCCUGGGCCAGGCCUUCCGUGGCGGCUGCGUCACAGCCUUCAACAACGUCAACCACCGUGCCAAGGGUGUCGGUCUGGCCAUUGUGUUCAACGGCUUCACUGUCGUCGGGUACUACGUGCCCAUCCUAGCGUGGGCCAUGGUCUACUUCCGCCAGUCUUUCCAGUCGCCUCUCCCUUGGGCAGGUCAGGACACCACAGAAUACUUUCUGUACUCGGUUGUCCGCAACCCCGAUCCUGUAGGUGGAGAGGACGGCGGCUACAAGUCGUACCCAGGCCGCGGCAUCGUUGGCGAGACUGCCGGAUGGUGCUUCUUCACCUGGGCCCUGGUCUUGAUGUGCACGUUCAAGGGUGUCGGCCUCCAGGGCCGUGUCAUCUACAUCACCAUGGCCCUGCCCCUUGUCAUGAUUGCCAUCCUGGCCAUCCGAUCGCUGUCCCUCCCCAACGCCUCUGACGGCUACAAGCUCUAUGUUGGUCUCUGGCGCUCAGAGUCGCUCCAGGGCCCGACAGUCUGGCAGGACGCCUUCGGCCAAAUGUUCUUCUCCAUCGGUGUUGGUUUCGGUUACUUCACUUCCUACGCGUCGUACAACAACAAGUUCGCCAACGCCGUUCAGGAUGCCUUCAUCAUCGCCCUCAGCAACUCCGCCAUUGAGAUCAUCUCUGCUCUCGCCGUCAUGGGCAUCGUUGGAUACUUGGGCAUGACCCCCGGCGAGACCCGACUCUCCACGUUCAGCUCUGGAUUCUUCACCUACCCCGAGGCGCUUGCCCAGAUGCCCGGCUCGAACUUCUUCUCUGCUCUCUUCUUCCUCACCCUGUUCCUUCUCGGAGUCACGUGCGUCUUUGCCCUCAGCGAGGUGUUAGUCACUCUCAUCUGCGACACGGACUGGGGCAAGCGUGUCCCUCACUGGGUUGUCUCCGUCUCCGUUCUCGGCGGUGGUUCGCUGAUCUCCCUGAUUUACUGCAGUGAGUUUGGGUUCAACACUCUGGACGCCAUCGACAUGUUUGUCAACGACCUCGCCCUGUUCUUCACCGUCUGGUGCGAGAUCUUCUUCGCCACCAGCCUGUAUCGCUGGAGGGACCCGGUGGACCAGAUUGGCUGGAUCGGAUUCGGCUUGUACAAUGUUGGAUACGUCUUCGCCCACAUCAUCGGCUGUCUCUUGGGCCAUGUCGUCGACCCCCGGGUUGGCGCUGGUGUCGGCUUCGGCGUCUACAUCCUCAGCACUAUCGGUUCCGUCGUUCUGAGCAAGACGCCCACGGUUACUGCCCCUGGAUUCUGGGGUAAUAACGUAUUCCUGGGCCGUCUCUGGUACGCGGCUUUCUACAGCGGCAACCAGCUCAAGAGCGACAUCAACGCCGCCAUCAUGACCGGCAAGAACUGGCGACUCCACUGGGUCUGGCCCGUCCUCCUCAAGUACAUCACUGCCCCCGCCAUCGGCAUCGUCUUCUCCUUCGCCUACCCCAAGUUCAUCAACAACCACGCCAACGACCCCCCCUUCAUCUACAGCUUCGCCCUCAUGCACAUCGUCAUGGUCUUCGUCGUCAGCCUCGCCAUCUUCCCCCGCUUCGCCAACACCCUCAUCCCCGCCCACCGCAUCCAGCGCGGCGACGGCAAGUACGCCGUCCAGCCCCGCGUCAUCAUCGGCGAGCCCGUCAUCCUGUCCGACGGCGGCCUCGAGGGCGGGCACGCAGAGUCGGAGGAUGGGGUGCCCAAGGGCGUGCAGGAGAGGCGGACAUCGUCUGACAUUGCCGGCGAGCCGAGUGUUGUGAACGAGAAGCCUUAG